AUGACAUUGACCUUUUCAGAAGGAGUUAAUUUGAAUGCAAGCCCUUUAUCAUUCGCUUGCAGUAAUGUCUAUGGAUUUGCAUCAAGCACUAUGUCUUGUACAAGGACCAGUAGUACUGUUCUGACAAUAACUAAUGCAUUUCCAAAUUCAGAUAAAUUCCUGAUACUUCAGCUUUCAAACUUUAUCCUUCCUGGCUUUGUAAAUACUUUCACAGUAACAGUAGCAACCUUUACAAGCGCCAAAGUUUAAAUAGACUCCUCAGAGGGAAGCACAUUCAAGUUUGACACUAAUCCAGGAUCACUUGGUUUAACAUUAUCUUCUCUUAAUUCACAAGUAGUUGGUGUUUAUUGCAAUUUGCAGGUAAAUGUUUAGGUUUCAAACACUUUGACUUCUAAUGGAUAUUUGUUAUUGAAAUUCCCUAAAUGGAAUGCUGGAACUUAAACGAUUUCUAAAGCAAGCAGCAUGAUCAAAUACUCAACUAGUGACUCUUAAGGUUCUAGCCAGUAUAAAGUUGAUUGUUCAUCAACGGCACAUCCAAAUAGACAUCUACACCUAUAUCUAUAUCAACAAUAUCCUAGACUUUUGAUGUAUUAAGGAUUUCAGGCUUUACCUCAGACGUUCAGAAACCCACCUUCAACCAAGCCUAUAACCUCUAUCACUGUAGAGUCGUAUAAUUCACAAGGACUUCAGAUUGACCUAUAAAAAACUGCAUAUAGUUUCUCUAUAUCAUCAGCAUAUCAACUGGCAUCUUCCCAAGUUACUGUUGAGGCAUCAGGAAAUAAUUAGAUCAAUUCAUAAUCUCAAUAUAAUUUCAGAAUAUAGUCUCCCUUACCAUUACCUAUAGGCUCUAUAAUGCAGGUUACUAUCCCAAAGUAGAUAAAAAUUACUUCUAGCACUGGUUCUACUAAUGUCCUGAACUCUGCAGUUGGAUUCUCUCCUCUUUAUCCAGUUAUUCAAGUCACAAUAUCUGAUCCAACUAAUCAAGUAAUCAAGCUAAAUAAUUUAGUGCCAUUUGCAUCUAACUUUGUUGAUGAAAAUACUUAGAUUUAAAUAUCAUUGCUAUAGCUAACAAAUCCAUCAACCACAGCAACCACAGAUAAAUUUUUAAUUCAAAUAUAUGAUCAAGAAUUUCUAAUUAUGGAGAGUAAUACAGUUACUUUUAGUGCCUCUCCUGGAUCAUUGACUGGGACAACAAUCACGCCAGAUAAUUUUAGAACAAGAUUAGCAGCUUUAUACUCCUUUCAUUUCGUACUGGCUAAUUCUUUAUAAAUCGGAUCAUCUGUAUAGAUCACUGUACCCUCCUAAAUUACAGUUACUUCUGGAAGCUUAAAAUUUAAUGCAGUUUAAGGAAUCUCUAGCUCAGCUUCUCUAUCCUAUGAUUCAUCUACUAGAGUCAUUAAAAUAACUAAUGCUUUUUCUACAGCAGUAACAGCACCAUCAGUUCUUAAAUUUGAAAUUACUUCUGGAUUCAUAAAUCCAACUACAACGAAACCAACUAGUGCAUUUAUUUUGAGUACAGUAAACACAGAUGGCAACAUUGUUGAUUAAAGCUCCACAGUGACAAUAACUGGAACUGCUAAUGAAAUACCGAGUGUCAUUGCAACUGCUUGUUCAAAUAACUUAGCAUUUUAUGUCAAAGUUAUCCUUCCAGAUGAUCUGACUUUGUCAAAUUCAGAUACAUCUUCAAAAACUUCCUACACUGAAGGAGUUGAAGAUUCUAAAUUAUCAAUCACAUUUACCUCACCAAGAACAUAUCUAUUUAAGAGCAUAUUCGCUCCGUCAGAUUCCUCAAAGACCUUUUAUACCUUAGAUAUGUUUACAAUAUACCUAACUUAAGUAACUGCACCAAGAUCAACACAACCUACCAGUUCAUUUAAUAUCCAAAUACUUGACUCGGAAGGAUACGUAUAGUAUCAAAAGACUUCUCUAGUAACAUCAGUUGUCUCAUAGGCUAGGCCUUUUGAGAGAGUGCUAGUUAAAAGAGAUAGUGAAGUCAAUGGAGCCUCAAAUGUAACUUAUGAAUUCACAAUGGCAGUGUCUCUCCCUGUUUACAAGAAUGAAUUCAUUAAGAUAACUCCUCCAUCAUCCAUUCAGAUUCAAUCAACAAGAGAUUAGUGUAAAGGUAUUAGAGGGCUAGAAUAAACGCUUCCAUGCUCUAUUAAAGAUGGCUCUCUUUAUGUAAAUAUUUUACCAUCUACUGAUGUCAAUAUGAACUAUGUUACCUGGUUAAUACCUUCUGGCACAAUCUUUACUUUAAGUGUAGCUAAUUUCUUAAAUCCAUUAUCGAAUGAACCAACAGAUUCUUUCAAGAUAUAUGUAUCCACUUCUAGAAUUUACAAUUAUUAUGUGAACUCAGCAAGUUAAGGAUUAGGUCUAUUAAAUUCUAUAAUGGGGAAAUCUACAGACAUAUAAAUCUUAACUGAUAGCAGAUAACUGGGUGCAUUAACUAAUUACGCUUUUUACUUUACAACUGCUAAUGUAAUCCCAAGAUAUGGUUAUAUUGAAGUUUAAUUUCCAAGCAAUUUGUAUACUGCCUUUUCAGGCACAAUAUAGUGCCAAUCAAUCAAGAAUCUACCAAGUAUUUCUUCCUCUAGUCAAUUGAAAUGCUAAAUCAGCUCCAGUAAUAGCAGAACCAUAUAAAUAGUAAAUGGCUACAAUACCACAGAGUUAUCAAGUGGAUAGGAUGUACAUAUCCUUGCCAGACUUGCAGCUCUUCAGCAACUAAUUGCAGUUCAUGUUAAAGCUCAGAUUCACUCAAUCCUUUCUAUCUUUAUUAGAACUAAUGCGGAAGUUAAUGUCCAUAAGGCUACUAUGAUGAUAAAUAGCUAGUUUGCUAAAAAUGCUAGUUCCCCUGCCAGGAUUGCUUUGGAAAUUCUACUUUCUGCAAGAAUUGCUAGUCUGUAUCAUCAUUACCCUUCGUAAAUGAAAUAGAUGGCAAAUGCUAUUAAAACUGCCCAACAGGUACAUACAGAGAAGAUCAAUCUAAAACUUGUGAAAGCUGUAUAGCUCCAUGUGAUUAAUGCUCUUCUCCAGAUAAAUGUCUCACUUGUAUCAAUAACUACUAUAUUUGGAAUUCUAAAUGCUUCAGUCAAUGUCCCAGCACAUCUGUUCCUCUUAAGACUUCAUUGGUAAAAGAAUGUGAAUCUUGCAAGUCACCUUGCUUUACUUGCAAUGGAACUAGAGAUAACUGUACUAGCUGCCAGUUAGCACCAGUAGCCUAUUAUUUCUAUGAAAAUUAAUGCUUAGAGAGUUGCCCAAGACAAACAUCUAAGCUCAGCAGGUAUCGUUUUGAUUGGACUUAUCCUCAACCAGAUUCUAAAUUUCUUUUGGUACUAUUACUAUAGAAAGAAAGUAGUAAGCCUAGAUCAAAGUUACAGGCUCUAUAUGAAGUAUUAUCCUAAGACUUAGAAGAUUAUCAUAGUCCUCUGCUACUUUACUUCAUUCCAACUAUUUAGAUUAUAAUACUCCAAACUCUUCAAUAAUAAGGCACUUUCUUGCACAUUACAGUUGAAGGAGAAGUACUAUCAGAAACUAAAUAGAUACUCACUGCUCUAGAUAACUUUAGUCUAUAUGCCAAUCAUAGCUGCUAAUAUUUACAAUCUAUUUUGGACAUGGGAAGGAAGGCAAGUAUUUUGGAUUGAUAUUGAAUGCAUCAUCACAUCUGUAAUCCUACUAAUUUCUCACACAAUUAUCAUCUACAGAACUGAGCAUGCUUAUGGAUAGGAUAAAUAUGAAGAAGGAAACGGCACAUUAGAUGGUAGCUAACUCAAGACUCAAUAAUUAGGACAAACUUCCCUGGACACUACACCCAGAGACACAACAAUGACUGGACCUGAUUUCGAUAAAUCGUAAAGAUAAAAAGUAUUGAGCAAGAUAAUUAAGAAAGUUAAGAAAAAUAGAGAUGGCUCUGAGAUCUUGGCUUAGACAGCAGAUUUUAAUGAUAUAGAGGUUGAAGAAGAUUCCUCUUCAAUAAAUGAGAACGGUCUAGAAAAUUUAGUCUUUGGGGGAACAUCAAUGAGCAGGACAGCAGAAAAGAAGAAUUUCGGAAACAAGUAAUAUCAGUCUGUUGGCCCUACUCCAAAAACUGCAGAUAAGACUGCGAAGAAACUGUAAAGUGGCUAUAAGAACAAGAAUAGAGGGCGAUUUAAUGACAGGGAGAGUAACAGCGAUAUGAAUUCGGAUAACAAUUACAAUAGAGUUCAACAAGACAGCUCAAGAGAUGAUUUGCAGCAGACUCAGAUUAUCAAUGAAUUAGACUUCACAAGUGCGCCUAUAAAUGCUGAUGAAAUUCUUAAGAAGGACUCAGGAAUUCAGCAGAAGUUUGAGAUGUUCUAGAAAGAACUAGAAGAUAUGGGAAGAAACAUUGAUAAGAGGCCAAUUAAUACCAAGUCACCUCUCAAAGCUAGAAAUGAUGUUGCUUCUUAUUAUCAUACUUUAGGGGGAAUGCAGGUAGAAGCAAUUGUAGGAGGCAACCAGCAGCAUAAUAAUGAUGAUAUUUCAGACAUGCCAUCUAAUACUGGUUACAACAUUGCAAAUAAUAUUCUGCGAGAUGUAGUUGGAAAUUAAUCUUCAAACCAUGAUAACGAAUCCUACAUGAAUGAUCGCAGUUCAAUGAGUUCACCAGACAGGCGUAAUCUUCAAGUGCAGUUCUAGCAAUUCAAGAAUUAAAAGAAAGAAGACAUAGAUGAAAUAUUCAAGGAACUAACAGGAAAAGACUCUAACUAAAUUGAUGAGUUAGAAUUUUCAAUUCUUAAAAAGCGACUUGAUCAUAAUGCCCUUAGAAACCUGCAAAGAGAUAUUGACUUGCAGCAUGAGGAAAAGGAUAGAAGACAGCAUACUCUAAAUAAUCUGAGAUCUGAGGUUGAUGAGUUAGAGCUUAAUGUUGUAUUAGAAAAUUCAAAGAAAGAGGAGUUGCAUGUAAUCGUUUAUGACCUUCAGCAGCAGAUCAAAUAGUUACUAUCUGAGCUUGAGGAGGAGAAAAAGAGAAGAGAGUAUGAGUUGCAGUUCAUAGAUGAAGCUAAUUAUACAUCGAGUGAAGAUGAGAUGGGAGUGACACCUAGCAGCUACAAUGUGCUUAAUCAGAGAUUUUCAGAUCAAAAUGAUCUCAAAAUAUACCUGAACAUGAUUGGUCAGGGUCCAAACAACAAGAGAAAGCAGACUGAGUAAUUAUCUGCAGUCAAUGAGUUUGAGCAAGAACCUGCAGUUACUAAUCUUGAUGGUACUCUUGAUCCAGCUAACAUUCAUAUCGGUAUCGAAAAUUCUCGUAGGAGUAGAACUGCAGAUGUUAAUAGCUAUGGAGCUAGUUUGAGAACUAAACUUAGUUUAGAUGCUAGGAGGUCCAGUAAGAUUGUGCCUAUUGAUAACAAUAAUGAAAAUGAGUUUGCACAAGAUAAACAAUCCUCGUCUAAGUAAAAGAUAGCAGAUGCGAAUAGAGAGGAGUCUAAGCAUAGCUCUACUAACAGAGGCGAGGAUGCAGAUAGAGAUAUUAAUUUACUUGGAGAUGAAGACUUUAAGGAUGAAGAUUCUGUUAUCAUGACAAAGGAGGAAUUCUUUAGAAUGCUUGAAAAUGAAACUAAAGUUGCUAUCUAGAAUAUGAAGCAAUUAAGAAGUAAAGAGGACUAGGAAUUUGCUAAGUAUGCUGAGUCGUUCCUUUAACAAAUGCAGCAAGACUAUUAGAGUAAAAAUGUCGCUGAUGAUAAGAGUCUGUUAGACUACAUCAGAGAAUUAGAUAAAAGAGAAAGAAAACAGAUUGAAGAUAAGUAUAUGAAGAUCUUUAUGGAGACUAAAGACCUCAAGAAGAAACAAAAGAAAAAGAAGAAGUAAAAAAAACCAGAGAUUGAUAAGAAUAAGUUUGAUCCUUACUUCAGAUAUCUGCCAUUUGAAAGAGCAGUUAUUGAAAGUAACGGUAAGACUCCAUUCGAUAACAAGGAAGUAGAGAAGCUUAUAACUAAAAAACAAACAAAUGAGACUAAGAAUACUGGUCAUAAUGACCCAUCAUUACCACCUAUCUCUAGAAAAGGUUUGACUACAGGAAAAUCAAAAACUAGCGGAUUUACUCUAAAAUCUAAGCCAGCUAAAAAAGAUAGUAAAACUGAUUUAGAUUAAUAGAGCUCAUAAUAAACUCAAGCUUUAAGAAGUAUAAGCUAGAAGAAAUAGAGUAAGCAUAUCAAGGAUAUUGAUUAAAGCUAAGAUCUAUUCGAAGGACUUCCAGCAGCUGAUGAUGAAAAAGGAAUAGCGAAUUUCCUUGAAAAUAUGCUAUCAUGA